AUGUUAUUAAAUGAGCCAUACCUCCUGAGAUUCGCAGUCUACAUCUUUCAAGUGCAUAUAGGAUCGACACUAGUUCACAUAUUGCUUGGUGGUGCUCCGUUUUGGAUUCACUCAGAGACUUCACUUGUCAUUACACUCUUUGUAUGGAUAUUCUACUCUCUCUUUCCAAGUUUUAUACAUUUUAUUUUAAAUAAUCCUGUUUCCAAAAUUAUUCAUAUAUUAUUAUUAAGUACAUUGGCAACGAAUGAUAUUACACAAAUCUAUGAACUACCAAUGUAUCCAGAGAUCCCGUUGCGAACAGGAUCUUAUAUAACACCUGUUUUACCGAAUUCACCACUUGGUGCAUUGGCGAUCUGUCUUGUAUCGGCACUCUCUGGUGAAUUUGUAAAGACUUGUAUCAUUAAAUUGUUUUAUCCGAAUCAAAAGACAUCUUUAUCAGCACCAUCUCUUCAAUUUAUAACUGUUGGUAUACUAUCAGUAUUGUAUCAUUUCUUAUGUAAUCCACACGCCAAGAGAAAUAUAAAUAUUUUAAUAAUUGGAUAUUCAAAGAUUCCAGAUGAUAUUAAUUUGUUGAAAGAUGAGAUCGAUGAUCAUCAACCACUUCAUCAGCUGAUUUCAUCGGAUACAAAUGGCAAUUAUCUUUGUAGAUCAAUACCAUUCUAUGGAGUAGACGAUGCCGUAAAACUAUAUAUCUACGAUUAUUAUAAUUUGGUUGAUAACUAUCAAGAUCAGUUGUCACUCGACGUACUCAGUAAGAUAGAUGCAUUGUUUUUUAUUUGUAAGGUGAACGAACCAGAUACUAUCGAUCAAAUGAUAGAAAAGCAUAGUAUGUGUCUAACGAUUGGUCAGCGUGGUAGUAGAUCGACUCUAAAAAGUCAACAGGUGUGUGUAAUGAUACUGUGCGGCGAAGAUACCAAUAGCCGAGAGCCUGACUACCAAACCAACUUUAAUCGCCUCGAUUCAUGGUGUAGAUCGAACGGUAUCACUAAACCAUUCACUUUUAAUUCCGACCAGUUGAAAGAUUCAGAUUUGGAUUCAUCUAUCAAGAAUCUCGCCAUACAGUCCUACUUCUGUAGUGAUACUGAUCCAAAGUUACCAUCGUUGCAGCGCGACGUUAAGUUUGAAUCUGAAUUGCUUUGGAAAAGCGAAGGUAUUAUUACGAGUCAAAAGAAACAAAUGGAAUUGCAAACAUUGGAUAUUAUGUUGCUCGGAUCGCACAAUAUCUCUAAAUCAAUAGCAAGACAGUUUGUACCUGGACAAGAUUCAAACGAUCAUAUUUGUAAUCAUACAUUCUCAUUGACAUGCGAUAUAAAUCAAUCACUGGUUAAACAAGUUUCUUUGGUAGUUUGUAAUGCGAGCCAAUUGAUAAAUAAGCAAGUAGCCAUUCCCAGCAGUCUGUACGAGAGUGUAGCAGGUGUCUAUCUUGUGUAUGACCCAUUCUAUAGAGAAUCUAUUGAUAUGUUGUUUGAAGACUAUCGACAAUAUGUUGUUGAUAAAUGUAUGAAUAGACCUCCGGUGGUGGUAGUUGCUGCUAAAUCAUUGGCUCCAAAUCAAGGUAACAGAAAUAUUUUUAAUGACAACUAUUCAACGGUUGAAGCGUGGUGUCAAUCAAACAAAAUAGAUUCACACAUCGUCGUUUCAGAUCGAUACAACGUAAACAUUGAACAAUCAUUCUACCAAUUGUGUUUGUUAGCAUUCAAAUUUAAAUUGGAACUUAAGCAAUCAGAGCUUGAAAACAAAGUAAAGAAACAAGAAAAUAAGAAUAGAUGUACAUUAAAUUAA